ACGAGAUCGCUCUAUAAUGAGACCGAUACGAAAUCCACACUCGGAUCGUGUCCUCGCCGGAUAAUUUUGCAAAUGACCUGUUAUGCAACCAAUGCCGGGUUCAACGUUAGCCGAAUACGUGGACGAUGAGAAUCGAAAGUUAACACAGCCGGAAACGGAAAAUGACAAGGAUUCAGUUCUCAAUCAACCACCGAAACACAUGGAAGGGGAGCAGCCAUUAAUUUGGUUUAAUAUCAUUGGCAUCGCUCUUCUUCAUGCCGUUGCACUUUAUUUGUUCGUGACACAAAUACACUUAUUUAAAUUUUGGACCUGGGUAUGGUCAAUCUCACAUUUAUUCACGUGUGGUGUCGGCAUAACAGCUGGAGCUCAUCGUCUUUGGGCACACAGGAGCUAUAGUGCUAAAUUACCACUCAGAAUACUGCUUAUUUCUUUAUUCUGUUCGGCCGGCCAGACUCAUCCGUCUAAGUGGCUUCGUGUCCACCGUAUACAUCACAGAUACACGGAUACGUGCGCGGACCCGCAUAAUUCUCAUCGCGGCUUUUUCUUCUCACACGUCGGCUGGUUAAUGAUGAAGCAUCAUCCGGCGGUCAAGGAAUAUGGUAAAAAUGUGGAUAUGAGCGAUAUCUCUGCCGAUCCUGUUAUACGGUUUGUCGACAAGUUUUACCCGCUACUUAUGGUGCCAAUGUGCUUUAUCCUACCGACGCUGAUACCAAUUUACCUAUGGAAUGAAACCUGGAGGUUAAGCAUAAGCAGCGUGAUCAUCCGCUACGUAUUCUCGUUAAAUUUUACUUUCUCCGUCAAUAGUUUCGCUCACUUGUGGGGCAAUAAACCAUACAACAGUACCCUUAAGUCAACGGAGAAUCGCUGGGUGUCCUUCUUUGCUGUCGGCGAGGGCUGGCACAAUUACCAUCAUUGCUUCCCGUGGGACUAUAAGGCUGCGGAGCUUGGCUUCUACCGUCUCAAUGUAACUACCGCCUUUAUAGAUUUCAUGGCUUGGUUAGGAUUGGCGUAUGAUUUGAAGACAGCAAACCCUAAGCUUGUCGACAGACUGUGUGCGAAUAAAGGUGACGGUACAAUUCGCUCGAGACUCAAGAAAGAUAUUCCCGAGAUAUCAGAUGUUGCUGAAUAAAAAAAUAAUAGGAGAACAAGAUAGGGGGAAUGAGGUAGUGCAUGCACUCAAUUCGUACAAUAUCAUUGUAUUGUUCGUAUUGUUUCUUCAUAGAACGAAUAGUAGUAUUCCAAUUUAUUAUAACAAUAAUGUGUGUAAUCUGUGUUUUAUAAACUUGUACAAUAAAUGUAAGUUUGCUGACUUUUUAAAUAUAUUUGAGCUUUUAAAUGGUAAUUUAAAUUACCCUUGCCUUCAUCCUUGCGACUGUUGAUUGAGGUACACAAUGGAAAAAGUGAGAUGAUGUCUUUUAUAAAUUAGGCAGCUUUCUACUUUCUUUUGACUCGAAUACAAAUAAUUAUAAUCUUUUUCCCCGGCCAUUCCGGCGUUUCUUUUUUUUUCGAGCUAGAAUAAAUAGAACAAUAUUUGCAGUCAUAUCUUACGCACGAUCAUCGCGUCUUCGAGUUAAGGGAAUAUUAUGGAAUAUUACGGCAUGGAUUACACAUGUACGUUAUCUUCGAUUGAAUAGUAUUGCCUUUGAUAGAUAGAUUAUCCUCAAAUUUCCCUGAAUAAUGUACAUUGCUUAAUUACGUUCGUUGAAAUUAUAUUAAUAAUUUCUCAUACGUGAAAUGCAUGACACAUAUAUGUGAAAGUAUGUGACAUAGGCGGAAAUAUAUUGAUAUUUCAGAGAACAUUUUCAUGGAAUGAAGAGCAAUGUAGAUACCUAUAUAAAGGACCGAUUAUAUAUUCUAUUACACAAUUAAAUAAAUUUAUCAUUAAAUGGUAUGUAAUAGCUUUUAAUGAUGUUAUAGGAUUCCAAUUAUUAACGUAUGAAUAUAUGUUACGACUAAUGUGAGAUAAAUAAUGUUUAUUAAUAUCUGUUACAACAUUAAUGUAAUAGAU